UUUUCUUUUUUUUUUUUUUUUUUUUUUUUUUUUUUUUUUUUUUUUCGGAAAGGCCGUAUAUCAGCGCUAACCGUUUCUUGUAAAUCCUGUGCCAUCUGAAGUUACAAUCGGUCGGUCGGUCGGUGUUGGGUUUGGACCCUUGGGAAAUCCUUUACCGUUUCGUUUGUUAGCUCGUUCAAUUAUUAUAACCAUCUUCCUCUUCGUUCGCCAUGAGCACCGAGCCGCUUCUCGCUGAGUCGCGUCGAGUUCAGAGGUCGUCUUCAUCUUCAGAUAUGGGCUUCGAAAAUGGAAUUGUGUACGAGGAUGUCCUCGAUACAUACCGCGAUGACCACGAUGCAGACUUGGUCACUGCUACCGAGGCCCGCUCGCUGUCGCGUGGUCUUGGUCAACGACAUCUUUCCAUGAUAGCUAUCGCCGGCGCUAUUGGCACCGGACUCUUCUUGGGGCUCGGAGGUGCUAUACAGACUGCUGGCCCGCUCGGAGCUCUGCUGGGUUACGCUAUCGUCGGACUUAUCGUCUGCGCUGUGACUUUUGCACUGGGCGAGGUGGCUGCCCUCCUGCCUGUGACGGGUUCCUUCGUACGACAUGCCGAAUUCCUUGUAGAUCCGGCACUCGGGUUUGCCGUGGGUUGGAACUUGGUAUACGGCGCAGCGCUGUCGAUUCCGAGCGAGCUUACAGCCAUCUGUGUACUGUUCACCUUCUGGACCGAGGACAUACACCCAGCGGUCUACAUCAUGAGCUUCAUCGUGCUAACCUUCGGCGUGGGCAUCUCCUUCGUACGCGUCUUCGGCGAGGUCGAGUUCGUGUUCGCCCUGCUCAAGGUCCUGCUCAUCGUCUUCCUCAUCAUUUUCGACAUCAUCGUUGCUGCCGGUGGUAUCCCCGGAAUCCCAGCUACCGGCUUUAAGUACUGGCACAACCCUGGCCCGUUCGUUGAAUAUAUCGCCUCCGGAAACCUGGGUCGUUUUCUGGGGUUUUGGAGCGUUCUAGCCAGCGCCGUUUUCUCCUUCGCAGGCGUCGAGUCCAUUGCUAUGCCUGCGGCUGAAUUAAGGAACCCGGCGAGAGCUAUCCCGCGCGCCUGCAAGCGUGUGUUCAUCCGUGUGCUGCUAUUCUAUAUGUUGGCCAUCUUUGUAGUUGGUUUACUUGUAGCCAGCGAUGAUGAGCGACUCAGCGAUUCCCCAGGGACCGCCGCUCAGAGCCCGUUCGUUAUUGCAGUUUCAGCCGCCGGCAUCAGCGCCAUUCCCAGUGUCGUCAACGCCAUAGUUAUUACGUCAGCCUGGUCGUCCUCAAACCAGACCCUACUAUCCGGCACGCGUGUGCUGUACGCUUUAGCUCUGAAGGGACAGGCUCCUCGCGUGUUCCUCCGCACGACAUCCUGGGGUACCCCUUAUGUCUGCGUGAUGUUCUACACCGCGUUCAUGUUUCUCAGCUUCCUGAGCCUGGACUCGAGCGCGCUGACCGUGUUCUGGUACCUCAUCGACCUGACGGCAGCCAGCAUUCUAGUGUCGUGGAUCACCAUCUUGAUCAACCAUAUCCGGCUUAAAUUAGCUAUGGCGAAGCAAGGUAUCCCGGUUUCGCGGCUGCCGUGGCAUAACUGGUGGUCUUAUUACACCUCGAUCCUCGCUCUCGUCAUGUGUAUUAUCAUAUUGCUGACAGGCGGGUUUGAAGUCUUCACAGCAGGAAAUUGGGACGCGAGCGGCUUCAUCUCGGCAUACUUGGACAUGCCACUCGUGCUUUGUGCGUAUCUGAUAUAUAAGUAUGUGAAGAAGACCAGGGUCGCGUCGCUGAAGAGCAUACCGCUUGAUGACGCGAUUUUACAGGCAGACCAGUAUCCCGAUGAACCUGAGGAGAAAUCGGGAGGCUGGAAGCGUGCGAUCUCUUGGCUUUGGGAUUAAUGUUUUGUUGAUACGGCUUAAAUUUAGACUAAACCAAAUAGAUUACUAUAAUUUCUUGAUUCUAUCCAUAGCUUUCGAUACACUUUGUUUGUUUCUCCUUACUCGACCCGACAAUUUCAGACGAGGGAAUCCGUCCAAUUGACUACGCAGGCCCGAUCAAAACAUCAGCCUAUCUGUCUCCUGGGUACAUAUUCAA